CAAAUUGGGUGCCAUCAAGUUGGCAAAAGGACUGUUUGGCCAGCCGAUUAACAUCUCGAAAAAGGUCUACGACAGCAAUCCAUUUGUGUCCUGGGACACAAUAUUCAACAUGGACAAGAUUCAGAAAGUCGGCAAUCGCAAGACAUUUGACCACGCAAUCGUGACGGAUAGUGUGGCUGUUUCGUUGUGUUUCCUGAAGCCAGAAUGCCCCUCACACGAAUAUUCGCACGAGCAAAUCAACGAAAUGUACGAAAAUGGUGUUUUCCGCUUCGUGCUUGGCAUGGACCCUGGUGUGCGAACCUGGAAUGCCACAGUGCGAAAACAUAUCGCAUCCGGUGUGGAAGAAAACAUCACGAUCGACGGUCCGAGAUACCAUUUUCGAGCGAAAUAUGGCAAACGAAAGCGCAAAUCGGAAAAAUGGCUACGAUUGUUCACCGAAUUGAAGCAACAUGACCGAAAUCAAUAUCCAUUCUAUCCAUCGCCCAAGGGAGCCUCAAAUUGGAUGAGUUACAUCGAACAUCGUGUGAAAAUGUUGCAGCCUGGAAUGGAGGUUUACACAGCACGCAAAUACAUUCGCCUCAAUCUCGAUAAACAUAUCGAGGGGACCCGUGCAAGUGAUACCAUCGCUGCUUUUUUUACCAGAAAAUUGCCAUCGCUCAUUUUCCUUGGUGCAGCUCAAAUGGCUCCAAAUUCGCCAAUUGGUAUUAAGAAACGGUUGCGGUGCCCUGGUACGGAGUACGGAAACUACUGAACAGCUUCAAGAAACUGCACAAUUGUGUGGUGGUGAUGGUUGACGAGUACAAAACAUCGCAGACGUGUGCAAAGUGCUUUCGGCCAUUUGAUCGACGUACAAAAAAGGACCGCUACAAAGUCUGCCGUCAGUGCAUUCCACAUGCAGCAAACAUCACGACUGACAAACACCUGAGCAGUGUGAUCAUCAGCAAGAAAAGCAACCGGUCGUAUCAACGAGAGCGACGACAUGUUGUUGCGGAAUAUGAACGAUUGAAUGUACAUCCAGUGUAUUCACAUGGUUUAGUGCCGAAACUCAAUGUAUGGUUCAAAAACUGGCAGCUAAACACUGAUAACACAUGGAACGAUUCACGUCAUCCACAUCAACAGAACACUGUUUGGCAUCGGGAUGAAGUCGCUGCCAAGUGCAUAUUGUACAAAGGUCUUUGUAUGAUAAAGGGCUUGGAUGUGCAUCCGCAACUGUCGAGACAACAUCAUGCAGUAGCUGCAGCCGCGCAGAACAAUGCCGAAGGCGACCAAGAUGACAACGAUAGCGACAGCGACGAUGAUUACGUUUACGUUCUCGACGACGUGUCCGAUGAAGAAUAGUUUUUAGUUGAUGUAGGAUUAAGUUUUCAAACAAUAAUAAUUGUAACGUUUUGUUACUUUGCUGGGCUUUGAGUAUUGUGGCCUUGUCCGAAGUACGGGGCUUAGUCGGAUCAUAUAAAAUACCUCGUAGGUGA